GAAGACCUUCUAAGAAUUAGGGUUUAGGGAGAGCGACGGAGAGAAGAUGGCGAAGUUCAAUGUGGUGCAGAAAAGAAGAAGAGAGCAAGUAGCAGAGAGGAAAAGAGCGAUCCGUGGAGACCCAGUUACUGGGAAGCUCAAGAAUAAGCCUCAGCCCCUCUCUGCCUCUGGAAAGCGCAAACGCAAGCUCCUAAAGAAAUGGCGCAGGGAGCAGAAGGAGGCUAUAGAGAAAGGUUUGGUCACCAUGCAAGAUGUGGAGAUGGCUGCCGCUGAAGUUUCAGUUGAAGAUACAUCCAAGAGUGCCAGCAAAUCCCCAGCAAAAUUUCAUGUGAAGAAAGGCCUGAAGCUGAAGCAGUUAAAGUGCAGUGGUAAGAAAAAAGGGAAAUCCAAGCCUGCUGCUGAAGCUUCAGUGGACGCAAUGGUAGAAUGAUUAGGAGGCUACAUGGUAUGAUAUGCCAAACCUUGUAAUAUUUCAGAUGGGACGCAAGCAUAAAAUACCUUUGUGCUUUAGGACAUUGGUUUGUAAUUCUAAAAUUCAUUUCAUUUGUAAGACUUGAGUCCCUUUUCUGGUUUGUUAUUUCCAUUUAUGAGCAGUAGUCCUUUAAUAGGAUCUGAAAUGCAGGAAAUGAUCGAAUGUUUGUAUGA